AUGAAACAUCUGCUUCCCCAGUUCCCUUCCAUCCUGAUCAUCUACUGCUUCUGUCUGCUACAGAUUCCCUCCUCAGGAGUUUCUCAACCUUUUGCUGAUUCUCCAGAUGGCUUGGAUAUUAUGGGGCUUGAGCAAUUGGUAUACUGUCUGAACCAGUGGAAAACACUUUCUAACCAGCCUAAGGAAAACCAGGAUAUAUAUAAAAGGUUUUUAUUUCACUACUCCAGAACUCAGAAGCCAGCACAUCCAGUUACCUCUGAGUUUGCGCCUGUGCACCCCUUGAUGCGCCUGGCUGCCAAGCUCGCCGGCCGAAGGAUGAAAAGAUUGCAGUAUCCAGCUUCCAGGACGGCUACUGUGGACUUUCCUAAGAAGGAUCCUACUUCUACCUUGAGGCAGCCAUUUUUCCUUUUCAGGCCUAGGAAUGGAAGAUACAUUGACAACAAAAUCCAGUAG